AUGAAUCUUGUCAAUAUUUUCGCCGUACUCAUGGUCCUACUUGUAGCACAAAUCCAAUGUCAACUCUUCGCAUCAAUUGAUAAAAUCGCAGUGCCUAAAGUGUCAAUUUCACAAACAAUCAAGAAAGACAUCACAUAAUUCUUGUAGGCCAAGAAAAUUCUUAGAGAGGGUGGAUGGCUAUGA